AUGGAAGGGCCUGGGAGAGGGCGGCCGUCCGUCCAGCUGAUGGCCACAUUACGUCACUCGGGCCUCACGCUCCGCCCAUCACGCCCGCGCGCCGCCCGCUCCGAAAUGCCGCCCAACGAGUGCACUCAAUCCGGGAGUUCGUCAUCCACAAGUAAUGAUUUUCCUCUUAUGCAGACAUGCGUGUGGUUGGUGGUAGUCUGCCUACUCGGCGUCAUCGGCGUACUGCUCAUUGAGUCUUCAGGAGACCCCACGCUUUACCAAGGAUCGGUGCUCUUUGUGAAGAGUAGCCUCAUUGCUAAUUUGCGAUGGUACCACCUGUUUGCCCUGUUAUGGAUCACACAGUUCCUUGUUGCCUGUCAGCAUGUCACAAUUGCUGGCGCAAUUUCCCAAUGGUACUUCACAAGGAAUAAGAAUCAGCUGGGAUGGCCGAUUCUGACUUCCAUGAAAAGGAUGUACCGCUACCAUCUCGGCUCCAUUGCUCUCGGCUCCCUCAUCAUCGCGCUGGUUAAAUUGGUCAGGAUUGUCUUGAAGUACGUGGAGAAGCGAAUAGGUGGACAAAGCCAAGCUUGUUCUUGGGCUCUCAAAUGCUGCCAGUGUUGCCUGUGGUGCUUCGAAAAAUUCCUGAAAUUCCUUAGCAAGAAUGCGUACAUCGAGAUAGCUAUCUACGGUUACGGGUUUUGCAAAGCCGCGCAGAAGGCUUUUUCCCUCCUCGUCAACAAUGCUUUCAGGGUCGCUGCCAUUAACUACGUCGGUGCUUUUGUCCUGUUCCUCUCCAAAGCCACGGUCGUCAUUUCCUCUGUAUUUAUAGGCAUCGAAAUCAUGAAGACUAGAGAAGACGUGACCUACGCCUGGGUACCCAUCCUGAUAGCUGCUGUCUUCUCGUAUUUCAUUGCUCAUUGCUUCAUCUCUGUGUAUGAGAUGACCAUAGACACAUUGUUUUUGUGCUUCUGCGAGGACUGCGAACGCAACGACGGAAUUGAGAAACCUUACUAUAUGAGCAAGGGACUAAUG